GAAAAGUAUCGCCGUCGCCCUGUUCCGUAAUGAACGUUCCGAUUGCGUUUCGUCCUGUCCCGCUGUCCGCCGCCGACCACGAUAAAUUCACCCGCCGUGGCCCCUACACCAGGUAUCGCGCGCAGAAUGUUCUCGACGUUUUACUUUUACUCGCGAACGUUUGUGGUUUUCGCGACAACGCCACUAAAUAUUAUUCGUAUAUUAUGUUCCCACGUUUUUGUUUUCCCCUGCGCGCAACUGCGGUCCCAUUGCAACUGUUCAUUGUCCGCCUUAUCAAACAACUGAUAAAUAAAAGCUGAUAACGGCUAUCGAGUUUUUGUUGUUUUUUUUUUUUUUUUUCACAACAACUAUCUAGGACCAAGGUUUAGAACACAGCAGAUAGAAUAAUAAUAAUAACACUAUGCUAUUUAGGACGAGGUCAUCGUGUCGCGGUCGCGUAGGAUCCGUUUGAAUUAAUUCGAAUGUCCCUUUUUUUUUUUUUUUCCUACUUACCGAUUGUUGAUAAUGACUAAAAACUAUGCGAAAUCCGCUGUACAGCGUUUUCAUUUUUAUCCGUAAGUGUUCCUUUACAAGAUAACUUAUUAAGCACCUAUAGGCACUCGCGAAUAUGCCGAAAUUUUAAAACCCGCUAAGUAUACGUUUUUCUCGAGUAAGAGGUAAAUUUGCAAUAAUAAUUUUUUUUCCGGCGUUCACCGCAAUGUCGUGUGGAAAACACACAUGCAAUUAUGCAAAAUUACGCCAUGAAUAAAUUAAUUUCCGGUGAAAAUAUAACUUGUAACGUUUAGAAAAAAAACGCCCCCCGUCGAUAGUAUAAUUUGUAAAUGUUGGGAUAUAAAAAAAAUUGCGUACAUUUUAACGUUGCUAUUGAAAUCGUCGGUAGAACGUAAUUAAUUGUAUUGUUUCAAUGGCCGUAGUCGUAUAGUACAAAAUCGCCCAGUUUUCGUUUUAAACCACCGAAAUAUACAUUGACGCCAUUGUGAGUUAUUGCAUAAAUUAUUACAUAUUGAGUAUUGAUAAAGUGCAGGUAAAUUGUUUUAAAUUCGAACAAAUAUAAUUAUUUAUAACCUUAACGUGUCUACGAUAAGUUUUGCAAAUCAGAAAAAAAAAAAAAAAGAAGAUAAGAAAUAAUCGACGGACGUAAUACCUAUACAAUUAAUGAUAACAAGUUGGGAAAAUUUGUGCGAAAUGGACAUUUUAAAAGAAAUAGGUCCUGCGGACGGGUUGAUUGAUUGUUUUACAACUUGAAUCACGUAUGCUUAAUCAAUGGUUACUAUAUAUCAUCCGGAUCACUACACACACGCACACACACACACCCCCGCCCCCGCCGAAUAAAUCGUCCGUAUCAGCCCGUUUACCUCCCCUCCCACUCUGGAAAUUAUCUGAACGUCGCCUUGCAUUUUGUCGUAAUUAAUGGAUUAUGUAUAAUAAUAUUAUUAUGGUGCCUACGAACACAUUGUCGAAUUGCAGACGUUUUUUUCUUUUCAAAUUAUUAUUCGCCAUAGAAUAAUAAUGAUAAUACUAUAAUCUUUCAUAUCAUGAACGUGUACGAAUUAAAUUCCCAAUGUUGUUACACAAAAUGUGUACUGGAAAGUCUCUUCCUGUCUGUGAUAUACGUGUCCAGUUUAUAUGUAUGGAAUUCUCAACAUUCGAGGUACGUAAUUAUACAUAUUUUUUUUUUUUUUAAAUAUCUCACAAUGUCACAACAUACUUCGCAAUAAUUCUGUAUGUAUUUGAUUUUUAAUUUUUUUUGUUGCACAUUACGUUUUAGAGAUCACCCGUCGACUAUAAAGAAAAGAUUUCUUAGCGUUUUGUUUAUGUUAAUAUUUUCACCCCUGUACACCUGGUAUUUUAUCCACGAUAAAACUCAAGUAAGAUUUUGGCCGUUUUUCUCUAGAUAAGUAAAGUUACCGAUGACAUAAUAUUAUUAUUUUAAUAUUUACAAUAUGACCAUCAAAUUUAAACGUAAUCUUAAAAGUACAUGAAACGUUUUUAGAAUAAUAAUAUUUGUAGGUGCCCAUAUGGUAUUGGUUGGGUUUGAAAUGGAACGGACUAUUUAUAUCGGCAGCAGCAUCGCUGUUCUUAACGUGUGUAUUGUUUUUGGGUCCAAUCUGUUUGGCUUGUUGUAAAUGCACUCAAUUAAAACAAGUCAUUAGUAAUUAUAUUAUAAAUUCCUUAAAUCUACAUGAUAAAAUGUAAAUAAUCAAAUAAAAUUGAUCAUUCUCCUCAGGCAUUGAAAAUGUAAAAUCAAAUUUGACUGAUUUAAUUUGGCUUAGAAAUUGUGUUGUCGCCCCAAUAUCAGAAGAAUUUACAUUUAGAGCGUGUAUUAUACCUCUAUUACUUCAAUGUUAUCAGCCAUUUACCUCUGUGUUCAUUUGUCCCGUGUUUUUCGGAGCAGGUAACCGAUAUUAUAUUCUACUAAAUAAUAUAUAGAUUGAAAAUAUAUUUCUUAUUUAGCUCAUUUCCACCAAUUGAUAGAAAGAAUUCGAGCUGGUACAGUGUGUCUCGAUGCAUUUUUAAUAUCAGGUAUGUUUUGUUUGAUUUUUCCAUAAUAAAGGAAAAUGUAAAAUUUAUUUCAAUAUUUCGACCAUAUUUUGUACACGUUUGUUAAAAAUUGUACGUACAAAAUAAUAUGACCGACAUGGAUUACAAAAACAAAAUAUUUUAAAAAUAUUUAUUGCACCAGUGUUUCAGUUUAUGUAUACAACAAUAUUCGGGGCAUAUUCGGCAUUUUUGUUCAUUUACACUGGUAAUAUAAUCGCACCAAUAGUGGCCCAUCAGUUUUGCAACCAUAUGGGUUUUCCAGACUUUCCAGAAAUGUUUCAAUUUCAAGAGCCUAAACGCAGUUGCUUACUCGCACUAUCAUUGAUUGGACUAAUAUGCUGGUGCGUCAUGGUUAAAUACGCCACAGAUCCUUGGUUAUAUUCAAACCAAAUGAACUGGACUGAAAUUAAUCAAUGCAACGCUAUUAACUCUAGUGACAAUUUUGAACAAAAACAUUUUGUACAAUUGUAAAUACAAAAAUUUUUAUUUUCAUGUACAAAAAAAAAAAAAAAUGUAAAAUGAAAUAACAUGUAUUUAUUAUUUUUGUUUGAACUCAUAAUUUUAAUAAAACUACUUUAAUUUAAAUUAUUUAAGUAUUUUAUUAUAAUAAUAAAAAAAAAAAAAAUUGUUAAAUUUAAUAAGUAAAAGACUGGAACAUAGUUAAGUUUGUUAUUUUGUUUUUAUUUUUUUUUUUCACGAGAUAAUAAAACAUGAAUAUUGUGAACAGUAGUUUUUCAUUUUUUUAAUGAAAAGAAUGUUAUCACAAAAUAGACUAUAUCACAAAAAUCAAUGGAGAAGUAGAUUUACUAAUAAAUAUUUUUACACACAAAUAUAACACUAAAAAUUAGUAGUGUCAGCGGAACAUAUUCAGUAUUCACUUCCGCUCAAAUUACAUGAGAUAAUAUUAUAAUUAUACUUAUUUAUAAUAGUCAUACACAAUCCAUCAACAAAUGAGGAGUUAAAAUAUUAUAUUGUAUUACACUUAAUUCAAAUUUGCGUGAGUAUUUGAAUUUUACAACAUAAUGGUAACAAAGUAUUUGCACUAAUUAACAAUAAAUUAUUGUGUUGCUUUCAAAGACUCCAUAACUGUAAUGAUAGUUAAUUAAUAAACAAAAACAAAUUUACAAAAUUGUUAUUAUAUUCAAAUACAAGUAUGUAUGUAUUUAUAAAUAUACAAACUUUUUCAUAUAUUUUUUUUGUAUAAAAAAAAUACUGUAAUUUUUCACAUAUGUAUAUAUAUAUACAUACAUACAUGAACUGCCUGAUUAAAAUAUAGAUUGAGCCACUCGUUACGAAUCAACAAAAUAAUUAAUUCAAUAAUAACAGAAUCAAUUACACCUAGGUCAGUUCGCAAAACCACAGAUAAAAAAAAAAAAAAACAUUAUUUCCAUUAGUGAAUCAACUUCAGCACAAUAGAUCUUUGUCUAGAGAAAGAGUAAACUCGAGGUUCCUUAAACAAAAUCGAUACACAGAUUCAAAAGCCCAGAUUCAGAUUAUCCACAGAUGGGAUACUACUGAUAUUUUCGGGACUAUGGAGCAUACUAUUUAAGUCGCCUGGAAAUACAAAAACAAACAAAUAUAUUAAAACUCAAAUAAACUUCUUCUAUGAUUUAUAAAUAACAAACAUUUUCGAAACAACAGAUAUUAGACUGACUUGCAACGUGAAAUUUUUUCCCUGCUUCUUCUUUCUCAUUGCCAUCAAAAUACCACAGAGUUAUUGCAUAUCUAAAAUAAAUUAACACACACACAAUUUUAUUAACGAGAUUUAAUAUUUGGUAAAACAAACAAAUCUAACCUUGUUUUAAAUGCUGGCUGAACUUCGUGGGGAUUUCUUCGAUCGGACCAAAAAAAUAAUAUUCUAUCAAAUAAUGGUUCGAUAUCUGCUACUUGAUCACUCCAACCUUCAGGAAAUAUUCUUAAUAAACCUCCGUUUUCCUA